UAAUGGUCUUUGUAGAUGUGGAGCAAAAAAAGAUAUUUCAAUCUAUGAUGUGGGGUUGUGGUGGAAUAGUGUGCUGCGCAAGUUGCGGACUCUGGUGGAAUUGAAAGAAAUUGAUGUCCGCAAUCUAAAAACAAAAAAAUGGCGGACGCUACAAAAUCACAAAAGUUAGCAGCUGCUAAGAAAAAGCUCAAGGAGUAUCAACAAAAAAGUAAAAAACCAGAAACAGGUGAAGAAAAUUUACAUACAAACGAUGCCUUAAGUAAUUCAACGCAUAGUUCCAUUAACGGUGGUUUUGAUAUCGUGCCUUUAGAAACUGUAUCUACUAAUAUUGGAGACACCAACCAAAGGUCUCCUUUUCAAAAUUACUUUAAUCCAGAGAGACAAAAUGUGGUCACCGAGCAAAAAGACUUUUUUGAUUCGUUAUCGUUUCAAACAAAUACAAACCAUCCACCUAUAAGUAACGUUCAAGAUUCUCAUAUAAAUGCCAUUUUUAAUGAAAAGCAUAGUGAUCCUGGUUCUUUGGAAUAUCCCGAACUUACAGAAAGUAAGCCGUAUGGAGUAUAUACGGAAAAGCCUGUGGACCAUCCAUUUGUGUCUUUUGAAGAUGCGAGAAAGUUAUCCGACUACAUGACUGAUGCAACAAAUGGAGUUGAGGAGAUUGUUCCGGCGGAAAAAUCACUUGUAAACUCAAAUAUAGAAAGUCUGAGGCAGUUGUCCUCUGAAAUUAACGAACUGAUCAAGGUUGAACCAGAUACGCACGACGACUCUGAUCUGGAAAGGAGGAACGUUGAACUGGCCAGAUUAUUGGAUCAAGAAUGUUUGGUCUCGCAUACGGCACGUAAUCAACUUCGCGAAUCUCAAAGUCAGGUGGAGCAGUUGCAAUGCGAAUGUCAACAGAUCAAGACCGACUACGAACACAGGUUGAAUCGUGAGGUCGGGCCUUUACAAGAGCAACUACAGUGCCACGCUCAGACCGUCGGAAUACUUAUAGCCGAAAAGACCGAACUGUCGAGUGCGCUCUCGCAGGCGCAAUUUUUAGCGAAACAGAAGGUUAGCGAGUGCGAGGAGCUGCAGGGGCGUUUGAAGACUUCGAGGUCGCGCGUUGCCGAUUUGGAGAGGGAUUUGCAAAUGCUCAAGGCGGAAAAGCAGAAGUACGAGUCGGGAAAUGUUUACGAGGAGGAAAUUCAAAAGUGGAAAAGGGAUUAUGAAGAUCUAACUGGUCGUUACGAAGAAGUUUCUCAAGAUUUCUUAGAAACAAAAGAAAAACUUAACCUAAAAAACAAAGAAAACCUAGAUCUCCAAAGGGAGGUGCAAGAUGCCAAGCAUCAUCUAUCUCUUGCCAAGGUAAAAAUUGAACAAAUAACAACCGGAGGAAAUUUGCUAGCGGAAUCGCAAGUUGAAGCCCUAACCCAACAAAAGAUCAUGUUAGAGAAACAAGUUUUGGAAUUUAGUCAGGCGCUAAAGGCGACCACCGAAGAAAGGGACCAGGCGAGUGUGCAAUACCAACACUACGUGCAACAGUUAAACGGUCAAAUUACUUCCCUAGCUCAAAAAUUGGAAAAUCUAACUACGGAAAAUGAAUCAUUGAAUAAGCGCGAGUCCAAUUUCGUCCACCACAUCAGCGAAUUGGAAAAACAUCUGCAAAAGUUACAAGAGGACCAAUUAAAUGCGGCAAACAGUUGUAGCGCGACUUCGGACGUUAGGAAGGAGUUGGAAGCUGUAACAGAAACUCUUCAAAGUCUCCAAAUUGACCGAGAUAAGUUGGAAGAAUGUUACAAUGAUGUUGUGAGCGAACGGGACGAACUGCUACGCGAUUCGGAGUAUAAGAAAGAGUGCAUUGAAAAGUUGGAAUCGCAAAUGGAAAAUUUACAAUCUGAUCAGCCCGACAAUGCCAAGUUACUGCAUGCUAUUGAAAGUGAUAAGAUUGCUGCAUCGAGAGCUGUGGAGCAGAAUACACAACUGAAGCAACAGUUAGAGGAGAUGCAACAAGCAUUUGUUAGAAUGAGUAACGACAAACUUGACUUAACCGAGCGACUAACUAGCGAAGAAUAUCACAAUAAAGAAUUACACGAAAAAUUAACACACACCGAACAUCAGUUGCAUACGUUAUCCGAAGCCAUUGCAAUUAAAGACGGUGAACUUACUCACAUGCGUGAUACGUUAGCUCUCCAAAAUAAGCAAAUAUUGCAGCACGACCAAUUAAACGAUAGGCUGCGACACUAUGAAGCACAAGAUGGUAGCAGCAACGCUCUUCAAAAUGAACUGCAGCAGGCCCAACACCUAAUAGAACACCUAUCAAAAGAAAAUCAAACGUUAAGGGAAGAAGCCAGUAAAAUAACGGAUUCGAUUCAGGAUCAGCUACGAUCCGAAAGGCUGCAACUUUUGUCACAGUCGAAUCCUGAUAUCUUGAAUAUCGAGGUGGGCAGUCAAACCGUGAGUGACGUCGAUGACAGCAAAAGCGUAGAUCUAAGCACGUUAGAUAAGGAAGCGGCGAUGAAGCAUUUGGAGGAUAAAUUCACCCGAACAAUGGCGGACAUCGCAAAUUUAACCGAAGAGAAGCAACGUCUCGAACAUAUCGUAAUGCAGCUGCAGGACGAAACGGAAACCAUCGGGGAAUAUAUCGCGUUAUACCAACAUCAACGGGGCAUUCUGCAGCAACGCACACAAGAAAAGGACGACCAAUUGAAACGGUUGGCUUACGAUCGCGAGACCGUCAAGCGAAAACUGGACGCCCUCAACGAACUAGUCAAGAGGUUGAUGCUGGAAAAGGGCGCGCUGUCGCCCGAAUUUUUAGAGCACCACAAGAUGGCGAUGGAAAAGCAGGAGUUGUGCACGGAACACGCCAAGAUACACGAAGAUAUGCAUAAAAUUCCCGAGCACAAUGUGAAUUGUGAAAAUAAUAAUUUGCAACAGAACACGGGAAUGGCGGAGGAGAUUAUUGCACUUUUAGCCGAUAUAAAAACGAGUAAUUUAAUUCAGCCCAAAGAAUCUUUGGAAAAUUUCCAUCCGUGCGCUUGGUGUUCUGGUCAACUUAUAACGGUGUAAUAAUGUAGUUAAUUAUAUAUCUUGUUAAAUUUCCUUGUAUAUAUGUAUUUAAAUAUUAUGCUUUUAUUAAAAUAUGAAGAUUUGGAUAUUUA